AUGCAGUGGCUUGUCACAGGUUGCAGCACAGGCCUAGGUCUCGAGAUCGCACGAGCUGCUCUCGAAUCCGGACAGAAAUGCAUUGCCACAUCACGCAAUCCAGCCAACUCUCCCGAUGCAGUCGAGGAAAUUGAGAAACUCGGCGGCGUUUGGGCCAAGUUGGACGUUUCCAGUCCAAGUCUUGAAAGUGACAUCGAUGAGAUUGUGAAAGAACACGGCGCCGUGGAUGUUGUGGUGAACAAUGCCGGAUAUGCAGAUGGCGGGCCUUUGGAAAAGAUGGACCUUGAUAAGGCCCGCCAGCUGUUUGAGACGAAUUUCUGGGGGCCCAUCCGUGUCAUUCGAGCACUUGUGCCAUCCAUGAGAGGCCGAAACUGUGGGGUUGUUGUCAACGUCUCCAGUGCAGUCAAUUGGAACGCUCCUCCUGGAGCUGCUGUGUACGCUGCCUCCAAAUUUGCGAUCGAGGGAGUGUCCGAGGCAUUGGCCACGGAAUUGUCGCCCUUUCAUAUAAGAGUUUUGAUCGCCGAGCCAGGCGCGAUGAAGACCAGCUUUUACGAUCCGAAGAAGAUGAACAUAGUAGCCAUUUCCGACGUGUAUAAGGGAACUGUCACAGAGUUUGUGUUGCAGGCCAUCACAGGCCUGCAUGAUGGAGCGCCACAGGAUCCGAAGAAGACUGCUGAAGCGAUUGUGAAGGAAGUUUUGAAGCCUUCGUCCGACCCCAUGAUUUUGCGAAUGCCAUUAGGCAAGGAGUCUCUGGGGGGAAUGCGGAAAAGAGCAGAGGAGUAUACCAAGAUAGCCGACAGCGUGGAAAUGAUCGCCGCGGCUUGUGACUUCUGA